UUUCCCGGUUGGGCUGCAGGUGGCCCGAGUAACACAGGGGUCGGAAGACUAGCAGAGGCAGAACUAACCGGUAGCGGAGUCGGAGCCGGAGCUGCAGCCGCACCCCCGCCUGCCCACAGCUCUCUGGCUGUCGCCCAUUCCAGCCUGGCAGGAGGAGGGACCCUCUGCCCCCCACCCUCAGGCUCCUGGCUACUACCUAAAGACCUGGCCUGAGGGGUGCCCCUCCACACCCACAAGCACAGGUAGGAGCCUUGGCGGUACAGCGGCAGCAGAAGCUGGACAGAGCCCAGCAGUAAACUAUGGACGAUUGCUAUGGCCCAGGUCUGGAUGGCAUUGAUUAUGAUGAUUUCCAAUUCAACUCUCCAGUAGUGGAUCGAAGAGAACCCCCAGAGGAGACAGGUGAGGGCCCCUAUCUGGUCAUCGUGGAGCAGCCCAAGCAGCGUGGCUUCCGCUUUCGCUAUGGCUGUGAGGGCCCCUCCCACGGGGGGCUGCCUGGAGCCUCCAGUGAAAAGGGUCGUAAGACAUAUCCUACAGUUAAGAUCUGUAACUACGUGGGACCAGCCAAGAUUGAAGUGGACCUUGUCACACACAGCGAUCCACCCCGUGCCCAUGCCCACAGCCUGGUUGGGAAACAGUGCACAGAGUUGGGUGUUUGCGUGGUGUCUGUGGGACCCAAGGACAUGACGGCUCAGUUUAACAACCUGGGGGUCCUGCAUGUGACGAAAAAGAACAUGAUGGAGAUCAUGAUGCAGAAGCUUCAGAGGCAGCGACUCCGCUCUAGGCCCCAGGGCCUCACAGAGGCCGAACGCCGGGAGCUAGAGCAAGAAGCCAAAGAACUGAAAAAAGUGAUGGACCUAAGCAUCGUCCGGCUCCGCUUCUCUGCCUUCCUCAGGGCCAGUGAUGGCUCCUUCUCCCUCCCCCUCCCACCUGUCAUCUCCCAGCCCAUCCAUGAUAGCAAAUCCCCUGGGGCCUCAAACCUGAAGAUCUCACGAAUGGACAAGACAGCAGGAUCUGUUCGGGGUGGGGAUGAAGUUUAUCUUCUCUGUGACAAGGUGCAGAAAGAUGACAUUGAAGUCCGGUUCUAUGAGGAUGAUGAGAAUGGCUGGCAGGCCUUUGGAGAUUUCUCUCCCACAGAUGUUCACAAACAGUAUGCUAUUGUGUUCCGGACACCGCCUUAUCAUAAGAUGAAGAUUGAGCGUCCAGUGACCGUCUUCUUGCAGCUAAAGAGGAAGCGAGGAGGGGAUGUUUCUGACUCCAAACAAUUUACCUACUACCCCAUGGUAGAAGACAAAGAGGAGGUUCAGCGGAAGCGGAGGAAGGCCCUACCUGCCUUUUCCCAGCAUUUUGGAGAUGGCUCCCACAUGGGUGGGGCUGGAGGGGGUUCAGCUGGAGGCUAUGGAAAUGGAGGAGGAGGUGGGGGUCUCAGCUUCUUUUCCACCUCCUCCCUGAACUACAGCCUGUACUCUCCUGGGGCUGCCCCAGUGGGCAGUUAUUCUGGGGGGGCAGGAGUCCAGAUGUCUGGAGAGAGUGAGGGCACAACUGAUGGUGAGGGGGAAAAACAGACACACCCGGAUUCCCCUGGCCGUCCCCCACCCCACGGACCUCAGGCGUUAAAGAUGCUACAGGAAGCCCGGCAAUACAACCUACGCAUGUUUGGGCUUGCCCAGCGCAGUGCCCGGGCCUUGCUGGACUAUGGGGUUACAGCUGAUGCCCGAACCCUUCUGGCUGGGCAGUGUCACCUGCUGAGGGCCCAGGAUGAGAAUGGAGACACGCCUCUACACUUGGCCAUCAUUCACGGACAGACAAGUGUCAUCGAGCAGAUGGCUCAUGUCAUCUUCCGAGUCCCCCACCUUGGCAUCGUCAACCUCACCAACCACUUGAACCAGACACCUCUUCACCUGGCUGUGAUCACAGGGCAGAGCCAAGUGGUCAGCUUCUUAUUGGACAUGGGUGCUGACCCGACCCUGCUGGACCGGCAUGGAGAUUCCGCCCUCCACCUGGCACUGCGGGCAGCCAAUCCUGGUCUCCUGCAGGCCCUCCUUUGCCAUGCAGGGCCCGCCCUUCCCCAAUUGCUACUCAUGCCUGAUUAUGAGGGCCUCUACCCAGUGCACCUGGCAGUGCGCGCCCACAGCCCAGAGUGCCUGGACCUGCUGGUGGGCAGUGGGGCCGAUGUGGAGCUGGCGGAACGGCAAGGUGGGCGCACUGCCUUACACCUGGCAACAGAGUCCGAGGAGCUGGGGCUGGUUAGCCACCUCAUCACCAAGCUUGGUGCCAAUGUGAAUGCCCAGACUUUUGCUGGAAACACACCCUUGCACCUGGCAGCUGGGCUGGGCUCCCCAACCCUAACCCGUCUGCUACUCAAAGCUGGAGCCGAUGUACAGGCUGAGAAUGAAGAGCCCCUCUGCCCACUUCCCUCACCUCCAAACUCGGGCAGCGACUCAGAGUCAGAUGGGGCUGAGGAAGGAAACGGAAGGAAAUAUCGUGGUCACACACCCCUAGACCUGACCCGCAGUGCUAAGGUCAGGACCCUGCUGCUGAAGGCUGCUCAGGAGACCACAGAGCCUCCUCUGACUCCCCCAAGCCCCACAGGCCCUGGACUGUCCCUGGGGACCACAACCUUGCAGGGCCUGGAGCGGCUGUUGGACGGACCAGGUGGUGGGGGAGACUGGGCUGAACUAGCAGAGAGGCUGGGGCUGCGCAGCCUGGUGGACACGUAUCGCAGCACGGCCUCCCCGAGCGGCAGCCUGAUUCGGAGCUACCAGCUGGCCGGAGGAGACUUGGCAGGCUUAUUAGAUGCUCUGGCCGCCAUGGGACUGGAUGAGGGUGUGCGGCUACUACAGGGAACAGAGCCCAGAGACAAGCUUCCAAGCACAGAGGUGAAGGAGGACAGUGCCUACGGCAGCCAGUCAGUGGAGGAGGAACAGGAGAAGAUGAGCAUGGUACCCACGCCUCCUGGGGAGCUCACCCACAGGCACCCCGAGGAGCAGGUGCACUGAUACCAACCACGCCCACAGCACGGGCAAUGCUUUGUCCAGCCCCGUGCCUGCCCCUGGAGGCGCCUGCUGUACAGAUACCCCCACCUGUGCCCGCGCCCUUAUUUAAUGCCCUAAUUGGUCCUUCGGUUCUGAUGAAUAAAGGUAUGUGAGGGCUGGGGACCCAACCGCCCCACCCUAGGACACAG